UUGAUUCAAAUUAUAUUGAUGAGUAUGAGAAUGAAGAAGUACUAAUUAAGCAUGAAUUGACACAUGAUAUAUGGAAAUUUGAGGAUUUAUUGAAUCUUUGUGAAAAAGAUCUCUAUCCUUUUGAUGAUAUUUUUAGUUUUAGAAAACACGUAUUCGAUAAUAGGAAUAUUAGAAGUCCUCAAAAAAGAAUUGGUUUACAUAGAAGAUUCUCAAAAUACGAAGAUUAUACACAUAGUUACAUGAUUCAAUUAUUAGAUCGAUACCAAUCAGGAAAAGUUAACUAUCAUAUUUCUUGGCUUGAACCUGAUAAACCAGGUGAUCUUUUGGAUUUUAUCAAUGGAAGAUUCAAUAUGAAAUUUGUAGAAGGUUUAGAUUUAGAAAAAGCAAAAACAUAUAUUUAUAAUGAUGAUUUUGAGAAUUUAUAUGAAAAUGAUGAUAUUGUUUACUUGAAAUGCGAAAUUGAUAUAAAUAUUGUAUUGGGUGGUGUGAUUGGCGAUGUUGAUUUAGACAAUCAAAAUUUUAGU